AAAAAAAGAAUUCCCCAAUCGCUACUUCUCAAUUGAAUUCAAAUCAAAUCGAAUCGAUUCCAGGGAUAGUUCAAUGUUCGCAAGCUCCGCAAUCGGAACUGCUACCGCAACUCCAUUCCUGUCUGGAAAACGUUUGUCAUCUACAGGAACCACCGGAUCUUCUUCGAUUGGUAGGAUGUCUUUCACCGGCGCUAGCAAUCCCAGCCCGUCUUGGAUUACCAUAGAAGCCUUCGCCGAAUCCAACACCAGCACCAGAUCAAACAGAUCAAGAAGAAGAAUAGAGGAGAUGAAACCACCAUCGGCGGCGAACCUUUAUGAGGUCCUGCGUGUCAAGGAAACAGCUUCCCAGGUUGAGAUCAAAACCGCUUACCGUAGCCUCGCUAAGCUUUAUCAUCCAGACGCGGCGUCGUCGGACUCUGAUGCUCGUGAUUUCAUAGAGAUCCACAACGCCUAUUCUACUUUGUCUGAUCCUACGGCCAGGGCUCGUUACGAUCUAUCUAUCGCCGUCAGAAGGCGGCGUUUCAGCUCCUCUUCCUCCGCCUCUCCUGGUUUCGUCGUCGAUCGGACUAGAAGGUGGGAAACCGAUCAGUGCUGGUAAUGGUUGGUGAUCCAUGAC